UAUACUAGAUCUGCAAAAUCUUCUAAUUAUAUGUUAUAUUUAAGACAAUUACUAUAAUCAUCGCAACUUAUUGUCCUAACAAAGAAGGGGUGUACGUGUUGACUUUCUUGAAGCGAUCGAGUGUCGGACAAUGUGAUUCAUCAUGGCUUAAAACUUGGCACCAAAUUUUACAAAGAGCGAGUGUUAGCGGAGCUGGAGGAUCAAGGAUUCUCCGUGGUGGAGGGUGUCCUUUCAGAGGAGGACUGUCAGCAGUACAGUAACGAGUUCAAGGAAUGGGUCAACCAAUACAGAGACAACAAUGUCAUGUUCGGAAACUUCGAGUCCCUUGUCCAAUCCUACAGGAUAGGCCACUUCAAUGCUUCUUGGGCCGUUCGUCUCAAGGUCAAACACGUGUUCGCUGAUCUUUGGGGAACGGAGAAGUUGUUGACCAGUGUAGAUGGAGUGGCCGCAUCACCACCACCGGAAAUGGCGCCAGAUCGACCAAAAUUUCGAACCAGCAAAACAUUUCUACAUUUGGACCAGGGAGCAAUGAGGCAGGGCCUACAUGCGUACCAGAGCGGCGUGUAUCUGGAGGAAUCCUCAUCAUCGGAUCAUUGCUUUAGAGUCCUGAAGGGAUCACACAAACGCAUCAAUGAAUUUUACGACCAGCAUCCACUGGCAGCCAAAGAAUCAAGUGUGUUUGAAUACUACGAACUCACAAAAGAAGAAAUUGAUUGGUAUAAAGACCUUGGAUUUCCCGAGACAACGGUUCCGGUUCCAAAAGGAGGAAUGGUGCUGUGGGAUUCUCGUUUGGUUCAUGAUAACGCAAGACCGUUAGAGGGUCGACCUCACCCCGAUAGAUGGCGUCACGCUAUAUUCGUGUGCAUGACACCUGCGAAAUGGGCAAAGCAGUCCGAUUUGAAGAUUAAAAAAGAUGCAUAUAAAAAUCUUCUUUUGACAACACAUUGGCCAAGUCGAAAUGUUGCUACGUUUCCGGAAUACCAUCCCACGGGAAAGGGGGAUUAUAAAGAACUGACCGAACUUCCGGAAAUAGCGAAAACUAAGGAAGUGAAGCUGCUGAUGGGAGUGGAGGAGUAUGACUUCAGUGACGGGGAACCGAAUGGACCCGAGGAUCCAAAAUGGAAGUGAAAGAGACAAACAAAUCUGGAGUUUUGAAUAUCAAGCGGAAUCGAAAAGAAAAGACAAAAUGGUAGAAAUACCCACCAAGAAUGUAUAUAUACUCGAAUUCACAGCAUUCGUUGAUCACUUUAAGGUUAGCCCUCUUUGGAUGGAUCGUUAAUCAGCUCUAGAUUAGCACAACUAUUUUGAAGGAUUUGUUCACGACGGUCGACUUCCGAUGAAAGCAUAUACGGUCUGUUGUAGGGUUGGCUGUCGAGCUCCUUGGCAGCUAUCUCAGUGACAGUUAACAACGCAUAGAAAUUGAACAACAGGAACCUGUACGUGGGCCUUUCAUGCUAAACAUUUUCUAAUAUAACCAAUGAUAUAUUUUAUUUUUUGACGAAUCUGCAUUAUACAAUUAUGCAGAUGACAACAUGUUGUUUUAUGCACACAAAGAGUGUCCAGUUAAAAUAAAAGUUUUAUUGAAACUCUCAUCGGAUUGUUUGAACACAACUCUAUGAAGGAUAACCGAAAUGAAUUUCAGACCAUAUGCCAAGGGAGGAACACUAACGGGAGUGUAACACAGAAAACCUUAUACGUGUUAGAAAUACGUCAAAAUGGCCACCUGAAGUUCUAAUGUGCAUUAUGAACUUUUAGGGAAUCUAAUUUCUAAAUAAAUUUGUUUCAAGUGCC